AUGACUAUAUUCGUCUCAAUCAAAGUUCAUUUUGAAGGUGUGUUCAUCAACAAAACGUUUUGCUACUCUGAUGGUAUUCAUCAUGUGUUCGAGAAUAUCGAUUUUGCUGAAAUCCUAGAAGGUUUAACCUUGAUUUCUAAUGAACUUCAAUAUCAAGAGUUUAUAGACAUUGCUUAUUGGAGUGGAGUACAACUGCCUAUUUACAUGGACCAUUUUGGUACUACUGUGCACAUAACUGAGGAAAAUGAAAUUGAGGACAAUUGUUCUGUUAUGUCAAACAUGCCAAUCGAAAGGGAAGAAGGUAUUGAUCUAACUGAGUUCAUGAGUCCACAAUAG